AUAUGCAAGAUGAAAUGGCUGACAUGCUGGAACAAGCAGACGAGGUUCAAGAAGCUCUUGGAAGAAGUUACGGUACUCCGGAGAUUGAUGAAGAUGAACUGGAAGCAGAACUUGAUGCCCUGGGUGAUGAGAUUGCGCUUGAUGAUGACAGUUCUUACUUGGAUGAUGCAGUUAAAGCUCCCAGUGCACCCGACAAGGAGCCGGGCGCCGACUCCAUUAGAAAUAAGGAUGGAGUUUUGGUCGAUGAAUUCGGUCUGCCUCAGAUUCCAGCUUCAUAAAAAUAUUUUGCUAUGUUCGCAGUUUGUAAAUAUCCUGAUACAUUUAAAUCUUAAAGUUAAUUGAAUGAAGAAGUGAUUAAAAAGAAUUUAGGAUUACACAGAUUUUGGACUCUGACCAUCACCUGGUAUU